AUGGGCUCUUUGCCUGUGCCUGUUCCAACAUUGCCACCUCUGCAGCUGGAACCAACAGAACACGCUAAACCAAGUCACGAAAUCGGUCCAUCUCGUGCUUCGGAAAUCAUGCGCUACGGUUUUCCAGGCUUCGACAAUCUUCGUACUUUUGAAGAUUUUGUCCUGUCGUACGAUCGUAAAACACGAACGGCGCAUUGGGUGUGCGAACACUUAACUCCGUCGAGGCUUAUUUAUGAUCCAUCGGUUGACCGUUCGAAAUGCGAAUUCCGCUCAGAUCCUAGCAUACACAAGUACUUCCAGUCCGAAAACACAGACUACAAGGGAAGUGGCUACGAUCGUGGACAUUUGGCCGCGGCCGGAAACCAUCGUAAAACGCAGAAAUCUGUCGAUCAGACAUUUUUGCUUACAAACAUGAGCCCACAAGUUGGACGGGGCUUCAAUAGGGACAAAUGGAACGACCUGGAGCGCUACGCUAGGAAGAUCGCCAAGAAGAGUUUGAACACUUACAUAUUGACUGGCCCUCUCUAUCUUCCAUAUAAAGAAGAAGAUGGGAAUAAAUACGUGCGAUACAAGGUCAUUGGAGCAAACAAUGUUGCUGUACCAACCCACUUCUUCAAAGUAAUUUUAGCAGAAACUUCACCUGGAAAUUUCGAAAUGGAAUGCUUUUUGCUUCCAAACCAGGUAAUUCAUGAUUCCACUGAGCUUUCCACGUUUUACGUCCCACUCGAGGUGAUUGAAAGGUCCGGUGGCUUUCUGAUUUUCGAUAAGUUACCUAAAGACAAGCUUAAGAAGGUGAAUGGAAGGAAAGUUGGCAGUUUGUGGUAG